ACAGACGCAAUGGUGGAAGCGUUUAAAAAACUUGCGCAUAAAGCUGAACCACCUGCUCCGUGGACUGAUAUUACCCAGGGCCCGAAUGAAUCUUUUCAAAGCUUUUCAGACAGGCUUUUAGCUGCUGUUGAGGGGUCUGAUCUCCCGAAACCGGCCCAAGGGCCAGUGAUCAUUGAUUGCCUGCAACAGAAAUCGCAUGACAAUGUUAAGGCAUUGCUGUGAGCCGGCCUGAGUAUGCUUAAUACCCCGAGGGAAAUUAUUCAGUAUAUCUUAGAUAAGCUCAAGGUUGCUCUUUUAACUAAUGAAGGACUGGCCGCGGCUAUAGUAGCAGCUGUCGGCCCGCAACAGCAAAGAUCGCUGCAGCAGCAGGGGUCGUGUUUUCGAUGUGGCCAGUAUGGCCACGUUAGAGCGCAAUGCCCCUCUGGGGAAGGCCAGUCAGGACCUCCUGAUCUGUGGAGACUGGGCUUGGCAAGGUAUCCCAAGAAACCCCCUUGGUGGCCCCAUUACUUGGGGAAGUUAAUGAUGCUUGCUCCAAGUCAUAUGGGCUGGCUUAAUAUAUCUCGUAGUUCACAUCUUCAUAGGCGUCGCCGCGACGUGAGUCUGGGACAUGAAUGUAAUGAUGAAGUUAAGCUGUGGAGCGUCACAUCAUGCAUCUUUGCUUCAAUCUUCGCGCCGGGAGUCUUGGCAGCAGCAGCUUUGUCCCAGAUAGAAAGAUUGGUAUGUUGGUCUGCAAAACAGGCCAAUAUGACCACGCUUGUGUUAAAUGCUAUGCUUGAAGAUCUUAAUAGUGUCCGUCAUGCGCUGCUACAGAAUAGAGCAGCUAUUGACUUCUUGCUGUUGGCUCAUGGACAUGGAUGUGAGGACACUGAUGGAAUGUGUUGCUUUAUCCUCAGUGAUCACAGCGUGUCGAUUCAUAAACAACUACAAUGGAUGCAAGAACAUACUCAGAAAAUUAAAGAAGAGAGUGAUCCCCUUGAGAGUUGGCUGGACAGACUGUUUGGGGGAAUGGGUUUAUGGUUAAAGCAAUUGCUUAAGGUCCUCGCAAUAGGGCUCGCAAUCUUUGUAUGUAUUCUGAUCUGUCUUCCAUGCUUUGUAGGAUGCUUGCAGAACUGCCUGCAACGAAUGAUGGAAAAGACUUUUGACCAACAGAUGGAGUAUCACAGACUGCGUGAAAAGUUGUAGAAGAGUGCAGGUUGCGUUCAUGCUGUAACGGGGCAAGGCUUGACUGAGCACAGGGAGUCAGGUUGUGAUGGGAAAGGACUCCUUUUUGCUCUGAUGUUUGCUUAAGGGGCGCAGUAGAAGGGUAGUAGAAAUAGUUUGCUGAAAUGUAUUUAAGAUUAGGCGCUUUGCGUUGCUUUGCGAUGUACGGGUUAGGCACGCGUGAGAGACAUUUAGCUUAGGGAGGGGGAGAUGUUGUAGUAGGCGCUUGGCGGGGAUACGUGCUGUACGGGAUAGGCCUCUCCCUAAGCAUAGUGGAAGGGUGCUGUUGUGCUCAGACAGACUGUCCUUGCUAACGAAGUAAACAAGAUAAGAAGGUGAAGGAAUGAGGAGACAAUAGGAGCCAAAUAAGGAAUUGUGGUAAGGGGCUAAGAUCCAGUAUGGACAAAUCAGGACAGGGCACGAUAGCUCAAAUAAGGUAUAUAAGCUGUGUGUAUUAGUGAAUAAACGCCAUUUUGCAGCUUCCCCAUAUUGGUGUCUGUUGCUAUGGUCCUAGCGAGCUCUGAUCGCUAGCCCCUGACGGUGCGGCUUGGGACUGCG